AUGGUAUACGCGGUGAUCGACUUCCUGUGGUACCGGAAGAACGCCAACGGCUCCGGGGAGGACUCGUACGGCUUCGACAGCGUCGACCAGUGGGGGCGCCCGUUCCCCGACCCCGAGAGGUUCCCGUCGUCCGCCGGCGGCGAGGGGUUUAAGCACGUCGCCGAUAAGGUCCACGCCAUGGGCCUCAAGUUCGGCAUCCACCUCAUGAAUGGCAUCAGCACCCAGGCCGUCAACGCCAGCACCCCCAUCCUCGACGUCGACACGGGAAAAGCCUACGUAGAGGAUGGCCGGCAAUGGACGGCGAGCGACAUAGGCCUCACCCACAGGACCUGCGCGUGGAUGUCGAACGGGUUCAUGAGCGUAAACACCGACGCGGGGGCCGGGCGAGCGUUCCUCAGGUCUCUUUACCGGCAGUACGCCGAUUGGGGUGUCGAUUUCGUGAAGUUAGAUUGCAUCUUCGGCACAGACUACAGCCCGAAGGAGAUCAUGGCUGUUUCAGAGACCCUGAAAGAGCUUGAGCGGCCGGUCAUCCUGUCCAUCUCCCCCGGAACCGAAGUCACUCCGGCAUUAGCCGAGAACAUCACCCAGCACGUUGACAUGUACAGGAUAACAGGGGACGACUGGGACAGCUGGAAAGAUGUUCGCCCGCAUUUCGAUGUCGCCAGAUCAUUUGCCGAUGCGAAUAAGAUCACCGGAUUGAGAGGGAGGUCUUGGCCUGACUUGGACAUGCUUCCGUUCGGCAGGCUUACUGAUGCAGGUGUUAACCAGGGCCCUCACAGAAGCACUAACCUUACAUUCGACGAGCAAUUAACACAGAUGGUGCUUUGGUCGAUGGCCAAAUCCCCCCUCAUGUAUGGAGGUGACUUGAGGCAUCUCAACGAUGAUACAUUCGAUCUAAUCACCCACCCUACUCUGCUGAAGAUUAAUCACCACACUAAAAACAACAUGGAGUUUGGUUAUAUUCACAGUGAAAGGACUUCAGAACGCAAUGAACAUUCUGGUCGCUCGGACCUGACAAACAAUGGUGGAACUGUUCUUGGUCUUGCUACCUGCAACGAUAAGAACACCGGUGGAUGGCACAGUUCCUCAAAAGAUCACAUUUGCAGAGGCUUUGGAAUCCAGAAUGACAAUGCCUCAUUUUGCAUGUCCAAAGCAAAACUUCUUCCAACAUCGGAUGGAGUUACCAUGAGCGGUGUGGAAGACCAAGCGAAGUUCCAUCUGGUGGGUAUUGACACCAAUGAUGGUUGCUUGGAUGCAUCUGUCAGUCCCAUGUUCUCGACCUGCGAACAGCAUUCAAAGCAGGUCUGGGAGCUAACGGAGAAUGGACAACUUAAAAGCAGCUACUCAGGAUUGUGUGCUACAAUGAAGUCCAGCAAGGAAGGAGAGAGUGAAACUACUGGAGCACGAGCAUGGACAGCAACUGGAGACAAAGGAGAGAUCUACCUGGCCUUCUUCAACCUUGACACUGCGAGCAGGAAGAUUGCUGUAAGGGUGCCGGAUCUAGAGAAGGUUGCAGGGCAAAAGUUGGCAAGGAAACACCUGUGCACCUGCACUGAAGUCUGGAGUGGAAAGAGCCGGAGUCUCAUGAAGGGGGACAUCUCAGAGGUGGUGAGCGCACAUGGCUCCAUACUGUUUGAAAUCCAGUGUUGAGGUCUCCCUAAUGUUCGCUAGUUCAUCUUGGAACUUGGAAGCAUAGGACGAUUGGGUGUAAAUUCUUUAGUUGCUGUCAAUCCUUUGUAGAACAUAGUCCUAAUAAAGUAAGCAUUUUAAUCGAUACUAGCAAUGUGUAUGUGCAGUGCAUGUGUUGACAAAAGUAGACUAAUUAAAGCAUUAA